AUGAAUUCAGAAUGGGAAGAAACAGAAACAUCUUUUGAUAUGGCAUCAUUGUCAUUCAUAUCUGAUCUGGAUCAAAGUAAGUUGAAAAGAGUGAUCAUUUCCAAUGCACUACAGAAUGAGGAUGUGAAAGGAUUAGAACAGCUUGGUGUAUCAAAAUUUGGGUUUGUUAAUGCUCAAUUAAGGGGGAAAGCCUGGCUGUCUUUGUUGAAAUCAAGGGUUAAGGGAUCUUCGGAGAAUAAGCCACUCAGACAACCGCACAAGGACGAAUACCAAGUUAAACUAGAUGUGAACAGGGCAUUGUCAUUUAUCAGUGAUGAAAAGCGGAAACUCAAACUUAGGGUUUUGCUCUAUGACACGAUUGUUAAGGUGCUCAGAAAAUUUCCCCAAUUGCAUUAUUAUCAAGGGUACCACGAAGUCAUUUCCGUUUUUGUGCUUACAUGCGAUCCGGAAAUUUUGGAUACGGUAGUAGAACUUUUCACUUUGCUGUAUCUACGAGACUAUAUGAUGGAUUCUUUACAAUGUACGCUAGAGCAGCUCGAUGUUCUCAGUCAGUUCAUCAUUGGAAGAGACGAGCAGUUGGCCAAUGUUUUGCAAUUGACUAAAAGGAAACCAAUUUUUGCCAUUGCCUCGGUAUUGACACUACUAACCCACAAUUUUGAGUAUUUUGAACAAGACAGUCCAAUAUUUUCGAUCUUUGAUAUCAUUAUAUCCACCAAUAACUUAUCUAACAUCUUCGUGAUUUAUACGGAGUUGUUGGUAUACUUCAAAGAGGAAAUUCUAAAACAAAUUAAAGCAUUUGAAGCAGAUUUUGAAAAUGAUAUGGAUGUGAUACAUUCUGUGGUACAACAAACCUUGUUGAAGCUUUUGAGAAUCUCAGCUUGGGAUGAAAUUCUAGCGCAAUCAAGAUUACGCUUCGACGAAGAGAGUCCCAAAAAAUAUAAUUUCACGAAAUAUGUGAACAGAUACAGCAGUCUCUUACCCUUGGUAAACUCGGAUGAGAGUGAAUUGAUAGAUAUAUUAGGCAAGGAGAUAGAAUGGAAUGAGUCUAGAAAAAUUACCAAAGUGUCUAUUAAAAUUUCUCCUAUUAUUAAGUGGUCAUUGGUCAUUGGUAUUAUUGCCGCUGUAGUAAAGGUAGGUUCAUCCCAUACGAACACGAUGCAUGGAUCUUCGUUGAUAGAGUCGUUGAAAAAAGUGUUGAGCACUUAA